CGUCAAUUUACUUUUUGAGGUUAUGUUACAUCAGGCCGAUUAUGUAGUUUUUGCAACUAAUAAGUCAAUGUGUGUCGUAACACUUGCUGAAUUUAUCAACUCUCAUGUCAGUCCUGGAAUAUUCAGAAAACAUCUAUUUUCCAAGCCUCCGCAACAAUGUUCAUUAUUGUAAGCGUUGUCCAUACUUCUCCACGUCGAUCUUCGUAAUAGUAAAUCACGUCAGAAGUCACCGUACAGCUCAAGAAUGGUUUAAUUGUGAAACAAGCUCAUUAGAGAUCUACUACUGCAAAGACUGUGAAUUUAAAACACAUCUGACUAUAAAUCUGAAAAACCAUGUAAAGGAUCACCACAGCCAACCGAGUGAAAAAAGUUUUUCUACAGAAAAAACUAGAGUUAAGCGUUAUUUUUGUAAAAAAUGCAACUUUGGGACAUUUUUUGCCAUGAAAUGGUUACAACACGUGAAAAAAACUUGUUUAAAAAGAAGGAAAAAACAUAGUAAUGACCAAAAUGGGAAAGUUAAAACGAAGUUACUGAAGAUAAGCCCUAGAAGUACAAAUAAAAACAAUUGGCAUCAGUGUGAUCAGUGUGAAUAUGUGACAGGGACGAAAUCUCACUUGAACAGACAUAAAAUAUGGAAACACUUAAAAGACCACGAAAUUACAUGGUAUCAGUGUGAACAAUGUUCAUAUAAAGGUAAAAAUAAGUGUACUUUAAAGCUACACAUAAAAAAUCGCCACUUAGAUGAAAAAGAUAUAAAGUGGCAUCACUGUGACCAGUGUUCAUACAGAACCAAAGUCUUUAAAGAUAUAGCAAGUCACAAAAUAAGUAGACAUUUGAAAGACGAUGAAAUCACGUGGUAUCAGUGCGACCACUGUCCACACACAACUAAAUUCAAAGGCGCCCUGAAAAAACACAUCUCUUCAAUGCACGGAGCCAAAAAAUAUAGACCAAAACCUCAUAAACCCAUCCACGAUACCAAAUUAUACGAGUGUGAAAAAUGCCCGUUAAUAUUUAAUAAAACUCAGAGUUUGAAAUCACAUAUAAACCGAAAACACUGUGAACAAAAAGACAUCAAGUGGCAUCACUGUGAACACUGUCCAUAUAAAGCUAAGUCAGCAGGUGAUCUUAAAACCCACAAGAUAUACAGACAUCUGAAAGAUGACGAAGUUCAGUGGUUUCACUGUACAUAUUGUGAUUACAAAGCCAAAUUUAAGCACGUGCUGGGGAAACAUGUGUUGUGCAGCCACACUUUGAAAGGCGUCAAGUUUGGGGGCAGUGACUACUUUUUGAAACCGUAUCAGUGCGAGAAGUGUCCAAUGAGAUUUAUGCGGCGGCAGGUUUUGGACCGACAUGUCAUUGACAGGCAUACGGACGAAAAGGACAUCCAGUGGUUUCAGUGUGAUCAGUGUGCGUAUAGGUCGAAAAGGAACCAUGGAGUGACAGAACACAAAAUCCGAGUACAUCGUAAGAAGAACGAGUUAAUUUGAGUGGGUUAUAGGAAUUUUGACAUUUCAGGCUGCUUUUUUCGUUUUUUCAAAAUCCAACCACUGUUGAUUUGUGUUGGUGACGUAAUGGAAGUUCUUGUGAUAUAGUUAAGGAUUGAUGAAAAUGGCAGUUUUUAACGUGAAUAUUGCAAUGUGACCACAUUAAAAAAAAUUGCCUUUAAAUUCAUGUUCACUUUUAAUUUAAUUUUAAUAAUAUUAAUUUGCUUAUAAUUUUAUUUAUCAUUUUUUAUAACGCGCAUCCAAGGACGUGAUAGUGUUCCGUCAAAUGAUAUUAAAUGUUACAUAAAUUAUUAUUAUUUUAUUAUUUAUUACUCCUAACUAUUAUAAAACUAUUUUGUCUUGCUGUAUCAGUCUCGUUAUUAUUCAAUUAAUCACAUGCAAAACCACCCCGUUUACUACGCAAAUGUCAGAUUUGUAUUGUUCAUGUUUUUACAGUGCGUCUAUACGUCUAUAUAUGUCACUAUAAAUCGGUCUUUAUUUAUAAAAAAAAUUGGUCGAAGGUUAUUUCGACAGGACUUCCCUUGUCUCUAAAAUACAAUACUACAAAUCCAGCUUUUUCGAAAAAUUAUAAAAUUUGAUUAUGCGAAUUUUAUUAUUUUUUUAUGAGAACCCUUAUAAGUUAAAAUUAAGAUAUGUAUGUAACGUUAAAAUAAAUGUAAAGAAGCGUGCUGGGCGUACGUUCCAAAUGAGUUUUCCCUUAACAAAAUUUUGUGAUGUCAAAAACAUUUUUGCAAAAACAUGUAUAUCACUUUGGAUAGGUGCAGUGUAAUACUAAUGAUAACAGUAUUGUAUUCCCAAAUUUUCGGGAAAACGGGGUAAGCCGUUCCCGAUUUAAUCAAUAAAAUAAAUUAACUCAUUCA